GAACCUAAGUUGAACAUAACUUUACAUUGUUCUAUUACUGGACUUAAUUGUUAUAUAUCACAAAUUGAAAAUCAAAGGGUCACUGUAGCUAAACUUACUCUUCCAGAUAUUUUGAACAAUGAUUCAAAUCAGCAAAUUGUUGAUGAUUCUAGUAUUUCUAGUGAUGCUUUUGAUUCAAAUAAAA